AUGCAGUGGCUCCUUUCUUUGACUUUGAUAAUGGCUCUCUCCAGUACAGCUGGAGCACUUUUGUGUCAGACUUGCACAGAUGACGAUUGUACAAGCACAGUGCCACUAACAUGUGACACAGAGACAAUGUGUAUAACUGCUGCCAUAACAGCGGUUUCAUCUGGAACUCCUGGAACACAAAUCUUCAAAGCAUGUGCAUCGUCCUCCCUGUGUCCAGUCACAGGCUCCCAGACAUUUUCUGUUAAUUUGGGUGUUUCAAGUGCAAUUGCAUCUGCUACGUGCUGCGACUCAGAUAACUGCAACUCAGCCACUCUAUCUUUCCCCACUACUCCAUCACCCAACAGCUUACUGUGUUAUGUAUGUGACCCUGCCACCUCUCUAUGCACCACUUCAUUAACAUGUUAUGGAACAGAGGAUCGCUGCUUUCAAGCAAGCCGUGAGUCCAACAACUACAGCACUAACUACAGCUACUGCUCCAACCACAACAACUACUUCUCCAGCCACAACUACUGCUCCAGCCACAACUACUACUUCUCCAACCACGACUACUACUACACCCACAACUACAACAACUGCUCCAACAACUACAAUGACUACUCCAACCACAACGACUUCUCCAACCACAACAACUACUGA